AUGAUAAGAAUAUAUCCUUAUCCAUUUAGCAAAAAUGUUAAAUCUUUACCAGAUCCACCACCAGGUAAAUCUAGAGAUAUAAAAAAUUUUGAAUGUAAAAAAUAUGAAAAUGAUUAUACUUGGUUAUUGGAAGCAAAAAACAAUUUAAAAAAAUGCUUCUAUAUGUGUAACUUAUGUUCAAAAAAAUUUAAUUAUAUGAGAUGUUUAGUAAAAAAUUCUAAUGUGCAUUAUGAAUACAACUCAUUUAACAAAAACAUAGAAAAUCUAUCUGACUACAAUAAAACAAAAAAUAAAGAAAGCAAUAAAUAUAACAUUCAAUUGUGUGAUGAUAACAAUAAUAAUAAUAAUUGUAAUAAUAAUAGAAUUAAUAAUGAUCGUAAUGAUAAUGAAUCAGAAAACAUAAAAAACAACAUUAUUAAAAUAAAAAAGAACAUUUUUAAGAACGACGUAUAUAGCAACCAAAGCAUCGACGACAUACACUUAAUAAAAAAUAAUAGUAUAAUAUUUAGCAACUCUUUAAGCCCCAAUGAAAAUGACCAAUUAUCAUUUAAUGAUGAUGUAUUUAUUUUUUUAGAUUACUAUACGAAAAAGAAUUCAAACAGUAAUUAUAAAAAAAAUGAUGAACAAAGUUAUAAUGAAAAAAAAAAUUUCAAAAAAUUGAUGUCCUCAAUAUACGGCGAUCAUAAAUUAUGGCCUUUUGAAUUAGAUGAUAUGAUAAUACAUAUAAAAAAACAUGUGAAACAUAAUAUAUCAUAUUUUGCUUGUAAACAUGUUAAUAUGAAUGAUUUAUAUAAUUCUAAUGAAGAGAAUAAUAAUUAUGAUAAUAUAAAUAUUUACGUAUGUGAUAAUAAUAAAGAACAGUGUUCUAUGAAUAAUAGUAUAAUAGAUGUAAAUGGAUAUGAUAUGUGUAAUAUAGCACAAAGUAAUGUUUUUAAUUCUUUUAAGGAUAAAAAAGAUAAUAAUGAAGAACAAAACGAAAUAUAUAGUAUGAACAAUGUAUGCAAUAGUACUAUGUGUAAUGAAGAAGAGUUUUCUCAUGUAAAAAACUAUCCAUGUUAUGGAAAUGAAGAACUUAACAUUAACAAUGAUAAUAUCAAUAAAAAUGAACAUUAUGGAGAAUUCUUUAAUAGUUCUAACGUAUCUAGUAGUAUUCAAGAAUUUAAUUUAUCAUAUGAUUCAAAAGAAAGAAUAAAUAAUAUGAUGAACAAUAAUUUAUUACUUCAUUACAAUAAAGAAAAUUAUAAAAAUUCAAGAAUAGAAAAUGCAUUAAAAUAUAAUAAUGAUAAUAUAGAUAACGAUAAGCAUAUUGAAAAGAAAAAAAAAGACGCAAAUUAUAAUGAAUAUAAAAAAAAUAAUGAAUCGUCAACUGUUGAUCAUAAAUGUAAUGACGAUAAUAAUGUGAAUUACAAAAAUAAAAGUAUAUUAUUACCUUUGCAUAAAAUUGAUGAUGGUUAUGAAGAAAAUAUACAACAUUUGAAUAAAAGGCAUUCAAACUCUUUUUAUGAUAUAUUAAUAGAUAAAAAAAAUGUUGAAACUUACACAAGUUCUAGCAAAAAGAAGAUUAUUUUUAAAAGAAUUAAUAAUGAUAUAUUGAGGGAUAUAAAUAUGAAAAAAAAUAAUAAUAAAGAUAUAACUAGUGAAAAUCAUGAUGAUCGCAAUAAAGAAAUUUUCAAAAAAUGUAAUAAACCAAAAAUAGAUAAAGGGCAUACCUAUUUAUUAAAUACAGAAGAAAAUAAUUCCCAUUGUGAAAAUAUUAAAGAAAAAAUGAUAAAUAUGCCUGAUAAAUCAUCAAGCGACUUAAUGAUUAAUGAUAAAUGUAAUUCUGAAGAAACCUUAAAAGAUGAUUCAACUUCUAUUAAAGAAAAUAUAAAUGCGUUGAAUAAAUGUGAAAAAAAAAUAAUAAAUAAUGUUAAUAUUGAUGAUUUCAACAAAAAGAAAAAUUUGAAUGGUGUAACAUUACUUCUGGAUAAAAAAGAUGAAAAAAUGCAAAAUUUAAAUAAUGAAAAAACAAAGGAAUGUUGUGAUAAAAAUAAAAAUGAAAAUAAUAUUUAUAAUGAACAGCCUAUUGAUAAUGUAGAAGAAAAUGUGCAUACUAAUCCUCGUGAAGACAACAAAAUGGAAAAAAAAAAAAAAAGUGAUAUAAAAGAAUAUUCUAAAGAAUGUAAAGAUAAAUUAAGUAUGAAUAAUUAUGACAUAAAAAUAAAUUUUUUUAGUAUUGAUGAAAAAGAGAAAAGUAGAAAUUUUAAAUUAUUAGAUCAAAUAAAGAAUGAUAAAUUUAACAUUACAAAUGAAAAGACGAAGGUUAAUACACACGAUAAUGUGAAAUGUAAUCAGAAAGAAGAAAUAGAGGAAAUAAAUUGUAAAAUGAAUGAAAAAAAAAAUUCUAUUGAAAAUAAUUCUAAAAAAAAAUUACAUAUAAACCAAGGAAAAGGAUGUUGUAACAGUAAAAUGAAUAAAAAUGAGUAUUGUGAUAAUUCAGAAAUAAUUGAAAUUAAAGAAAAGGAACCAAAUAUUUUAAUUGACAAAACAAAAAAAAAUAUAUACUACAAUAAUAAGAAUUCAAUUAAUCUACAAGAUGAUAUUAUAUGUGCUGAAGACAUACAUAAAGAAUAUGUGAAUAAGGAUGUAUCAAAAAUAAAUUGUAGUGAAAGAAAUAUUUUAAAUAAUAUUGAAGAUGAAUUAAAUAUUAAUUUUGUCCAUACAGAUACAAAAUAUUUGAAAGAAAAUAAAGAUAAAAAAGGUAUCAUUAUUAAGGAAUUAAAUAAAUUAAAAUAUCAUAAUCACAUAUAUAAUGAUAAAGACGAAAAUGAUAAAUAUUUCCUUUUCGAUAAGAAAAAAAAAGAAAAGAAAGAACAAAAAAAAGAAGAGAUUAUAGAUGAUAAAUAUAGUUAUAAAGGAAGCAGAAAAGAAGAAUUAGAAAAAAAAUUAAACAGUAUUUUGAAUUUUUCUUGUAAACCUAAUAAAAUAAAUAUUCACAACAAAAUAUAUACAGCUAAUGAUAAGGAAAAGAAAAUUACAGAUGAAAAUAGUAAAAUAGUAUAUAUUAACAACAACUAUUUUUUUAAUAUAAGAAAAAAUGAUGAUAACUACUAUAUUGAGAAGAGUAAUGAUAUAAAAAUUGAAAAGAAUUUUAAGAAAUAUAAUUUGAACAAUCUUGAUUUAGAAUUUUGUAAAAAUGAAAAUGAUUUUUAUAGUUUUAAAUAUAUGAGUAAUAUUUUAUCAAGUAGCUGUAAUUUGUCUAAAGAAUAUAAUUUUACUAAAAGUUUUGAAUCAAAUAUAGUAAAUUCAAAAAUCGAUAAAUUAAAUGAUUUGAAAAAGAAAAUUUUAAUAAAAAAGUAUUUAAAUGAAAUUGCACUUAAAAAAAAAAAUCAUGUAAUGAAUAGUAUAAAUAAGAAAGUAUCACACUUGAAUCGCUCCCCAAUAAAUUGUACCAUGGAUAAAAAUAGAUGUGAUGAAAAACUUAAAUGUAAAGAUAAAUUAUUUAUUAAAGACGAAAAAGUUGCACAGUAUUUACAUAUAAAACAAAGGAAAAGAAUUAAUCAAUAUGAUAAAAUUAGUAAAAAUAAUUGUAAAUUAUAUAAAGCACCUAAAUCACCAAAACAACAGGAUAAAAUACCUAAACCAUUAGCUAGUCAAUUAGAAAUAAAUUCAUUAUCUUAUUUAAAAAAUACACCAUCAUAUCCAUUUGAGGAAUUUAAUUUUUAA